UUGGCUGAAGAGCUUCAGAACAAGCCAUUAAACAGUGAGACCAGAGAGCUGUUGAAACUACUGUCAAAACCCAAUGUGAAGAGUCAGAUCUUCAUUCGUUCUCAAGUGUCCAGUGCCUACUAUGUGCCGGGCCCUGUAGAUACAACUUGCAGAAGAUUCGUGAAGAUGUUUAUCAAAGCCCUCUUUGACUAUGACCCUAAUGAGGAUAAAGCAAUUCCAUGUAAGGAAGCUGGGCUUUCUUUCAAAAAGGGAGAUAUUCUUCAGAUUAUGAGCCAAGAUGAUGCAACAUGGUGGCAAGCAAAGCACGCAGGUGAUGCCAAUCCCAGGGCAGGCUUGAUUCCCUCAAAGCAUUUCCAGGAAAGGAGAUUGGCUCUGAGACGACCAGAAAUAUUAGUUCAGCCCUUGAAAGUUUCCAACAGGAAAUCAUAUGAGGAAACAAUUGAGUGUGAGGAAAUUAAAGAAGAUGCUGAAUAUGCUGGUAACCACAGUGGAACCUAUAUAGCUGGGUUUAGGAGAAGUUUCCGUCUUAGUAGAAAAGAUAAGAAAACAAAUAAGUCCAUGUAUGAAUGCAAGAAGAGUGACCAGUACGACACAGCUGAUGUACCCACAUAUGAGGAAGUGACACCGUAUCGGCGGCAAACGAACGAAAAAUACAGACUUGUCGUUCUGGUUGGUCCUGUAGGAGUAGGUCUGAAUGAACUGAAACGAAAGCUGCUCAUCAGCGACACCCAACACUAUGGUGUGACAGUGCCCCACACGACCAGAGCAAGAAGAAGCCAGGAGAGUGAUGGUGUGGAAUAUAUUUUCAUUUCCAAGCAUUUGUUCGAGACAGAUGUACAAAAUAACAAGUUUAUUGAAUACGGUGAAUAUAAAAACAACUACUACGGGACGAGUAUAGACUCCGUGCGGUCUGUCCUAGCUAAAAACAAAGUUUGUUUGUUGGAUGUUCAGCCUCAUACAGUGAAGCAUUUAAGGACCCUAGAAUUUAAGCCCUAUGUGAUAUUUAUAAAGCCUCCAUCAAUAGAGCGUUUGAGGGAGACAAGAAAAAAUGCAAAGAUUAUUUCAAGCAGAGAUGACCAAGGUGCUGCAAAGCCUUUUACAGAAGAAGACUUUCAGGAAAUGAUUAAAUCUGCACAGAUAAUGGAAAAUCAGUAUGGUCAUCUUUUUGACAAAAUUAUAGUAAAUGAUGACCUUACCGUGGCAUUCAAUGAGCUAAAAACAACUUUUGACAAAUUAGAGACAGAAGCCCACUGGGUUCCAGUGAGCUGGUUACAUUCAUAACUAAGGGAAAUUCCCACAAUCAUCUUUUUUGUAGAGUGCAUGAUGAAAUCAGUUACCGUUCUGGUGGUAGGGCUUUUUAAUCUAUAUCACUGUUGUAGAUGUGCAGUCUUGCUUAAAACUGAAUGUUGGUUUUGUUUGUAUCUUUAUCCAGCCUUACUUCAAACACAAUAUUUGAGUAGAAGAUCCAAAAUCAAAAUUUGCACAGUACUGUAUUUUGAGCAGAGCUUUGAACCUUUUGGUUGUCUUUAAUAUACAGCUGUAUCUCCAAGAUGAGGUUGGACUUUUUAGAGAGAAACAGCUAGGGAAUUGAUACUGGAGUUCAGUGCUUCAGCAGGCCUCAGACGUGGUCCCUCCAUCAAGUUUGUACGUUAACAGUUGAAGGUACUAACUUAGCAGCCUUGAGCAGCUCCAGGCAAACAGGACAGCUUUGCUGUUCUUUGGAUGGGUCACUAUAGGUUCACCUAGGCUGACAAUAAGGUGUCCUCUUGCUAUUCUAAAAGUGCAACCUUUUUCUUACAUAUAUACAAUAUAGUCAGAGUGUAUUUAAAAAUCUUUCUUAAAGGAAUUACGACACAUUUGCCUUAGUGAGUGGCCUGCAUGUUAUAGCUUGAGACAACCUCUUAGGACUACAUAUCAGUGACUCGAGUAUUUAAUGAGGGGAAGAUACGACUUUUAAAAAUGAUUGUAUAUGUAACUAAAAGCCCUUCCUUAUGGUAUUAGUCUUUGUAAGGUUGGUGAUAUCUUGGGGCAAGUAAUGAUUACGAAGGACAUUUUUAUUUGUAAAUCCUCAGACAGGAUUUCCAGAGUCACUAUCCAAUAAGUUAUAAGAAUGUGAUUCCUAUUCUCAAAGUAGAUGUUUUACAUGUUACUGAUACAGUUAAAAUGUGAUCAUUUUUCACAUGUGCAAUUGAUCAUAUACUUAAAUUGCACUAAAAUGUAUUUUAGAAAAACUUUUCGUAUAAUGUUAACUUACCUCUUCAUCAUCAAAAUAAUUCUUAACACUGGUCAGGUACCAUCCUAAUCUUACCAUUUUUAAAGAAUCUUAAGAAAGACUCUUGUAAAUAAUUUAGAUGGGCUCUCAUUUUUCUUUGUUACUACUGAACUUCAGCAUACUAGAAAGGGCCAUAAGUUGUUUAAGAGAACAUGUCUUGCCAUUCUUGCAUGCAGUAAGACCCUGCCAAUCAAAAAUCAUCACAUCUAUGACUUUCAAACAGAAGAUAUUUUUUGUUGAUUUGUAAAGAGAGUUUAGAUGUCAUAAGAAAAAUAGAACGUAGUGAAAUUUUAUAUAUUUAUGAAAUCUUUGAAAGGCGUAUUUUUUUAAUUAUCAAAUGGAGCUAUUCAUAAAAUAAAUUGUAUGUAAAGAUGUCAUAAUUUAAAAGAGUAGUUUUAUAAGUCAGGGUCAACAUUCCAUGUAAAUAUUUGACCUUUGUUCGUACACAGAUAGCCCACGAGUGUUAUAUGUGCACUGUGCACUUGGUAGCAUUUUCCACUGGAUUUCCUUCAGACGCGUCAAAUUUCAUAUUAGAAACAGAGACAAAAACUGCUGUAAUGGUAUUGAUACACACUCUCACUAAAACAAUCAGACCAGAUGUUACUUAACAUGAUCCAGACAGUGAGUUCUAAGUUUAUAAAGUCAAUAGCAAGCCAUCUAGAUUUUUAAAGGAGUGGGGAAGAGGGCUGCCGUACUUUAAAGUUGUAUGGCUGCUCUAAGAAAAUACAAGUCUUACACAGAGAGUUUGGGUAGAAUAGACUCCUCCUUGAACUCUAAGAUCUCCUAUAAAUCAAAGCUUCCUGUACAAGGAGUAAUGGGAAACGUGUAAUUAUCUAGGCAAUUGUCUGAAUAAUUUAAUUUAGGCAGUCCAACCAAAUUCUUUACUGUGGGGGUAGAAGGUAGUGUAAUGUGGUGGAAACAGAGUCCUUCUGGCUGUUGGUGGCGAUGGGGUGUUAUUUAAAAAUAUAACUGUCCAGGGGCGCCUGGGUGGCUCAGUCGUUGAGCGU